AUGUAUUGUGUUGUGGAGACGCUCGAAGAUGAAGGGAAGUUCGUGACGGCAGUUCCCAAAAAUUGGGUCAUCGAUGGAACGAAGCUAUUAUGGCCAAAGUCCAAGAAAGAUUCCAUUUGCGGUCGGAAAAAUUGCAUCACAGCAUCGGAUGAUUGGCAAAGCAUAGCAUGCAAAUUAAUAUUUGAUGACAUCGGUUCCUGGGAGGAAGCAGUUCAGAAGGAAAAGGAUGCCGAGUAUUUGUCUUCUUCUGAAGAAAAUACGGAAGAAGUGACCAUCGACACCAAUUCUUCGGAAUACAUGACAGAUAUGAACAAAUUGAUGUCAACUUUGAUUCCUAAUUCUGACGUUUCCUCGUUCACCCCCCCAAAUGAAGAUGUUACCAUCACUAAUGUCAUUUCCGACUUAUACACGUUUGAAGGCCCCAGCACCAGUACCCAAUUCAAGGAACUGUCGUCCAAAAUAGACGAAAUUUUGGAAAGACAGCGUUCCACUGAGGUGAAGGUGCAGGCCAUGCAAGGAAGGCUGGAGGCAUUCAUGGCGAAGUCCGAAGUUUCGGUCAAUUUGUUGGCGUCCAAAAUUGCAAAAGAGAAUGCAGAGGAAGUGGAUGAGGAACUGCAACUGGAUGAAAUUUUCCCACUUACCUCUGUCCAACAAAUUGAGGAAAUCGAGGAAAAACUCCAUCAAAAUGCAGCAUUCAAAAAAAAAUUGGUCCGUAAGUUGAGCUCCUAUGGGGGGGCCAACGGAAUGAAAACGAUCCGCACUAUUUGCAAGUGCAUUUUUACGGAUCCACUACUGGCAGAACAUUCUUGGCUGGGGACUAAUGCCAAAAAAAGUUUCAGCCAAUACAAAUUCCUGUAUAAAGGCUUUUUGAAGCAAGCCCCAUUUCGAAUGGGAAAACCGUCCACAAAUACCAGUUCCAACACCAGCUCCUCUGCCUCUGACGGGCAAUCCACAACAUAA